CGCACAUGGCCAACUGUACCACUACUAUGUCUGAAAAUCGGUUAUGCCUGUUGCUGCACUUGGUUCAACCAUCCAACUUUGAGAGAAUCUUCCAAAUGAACGCGCAAGGCGUAUAUUCAUAGCACGUGAAAAGCACGUGAUCGCGUUUUCCAUGUUGAGCGCGCAAGGGUUCGUCGACAUUCGCGUCGCUCGUUUACUUGGCCAGAGUCCUACAAGAUGCCGCUAGAUUUUCUUACUUUGGGCGCCGAUACUGCCAUACGUGACACUCUCUACGAUGAUUUUAUCGAUUGGAACAAUGCAGCAUUCGCUUUGGACAUGCUGCCAGAAGCUCGACCGCGGUUCCAUGUAGCUUCGCUCUCAGAUAAACCUCAAAACCCUAUCAUAGAAGCGUUAGAUGUUUUGUAUCACGCGCCGAAGAGUGGGGACAUUCACCCACAUGUGGCGGCCUACAAUCCUGGAGUUGCUAAGUUCGAUGACAUUCCUCAUGCAUGGGACUUGGGAACACUGGUACAGCUGCCCAAUGACCGAGAACGUACCAGGUUUCUAUCGUGGGAUGCGCUUCGGAUACGUUCGGCGGCAGCAUCAACGUACCCUGCUCUCUUGUCCGAACUGCCUACACGCCAACUAUCCGCCGUCCGACAUCACAUCCAUCCUCUUCUUCAGGACCCACAUACCUAUGUCAAGUAUACAGCUGUCCCGGAGCUCAUUGAGUCGCUUGCUUUGGUCCUAACAGGAUCGUCAUCCGCAUUGUAUAAAUGGGAUCCUAGGUCCAAUUCAUUUAUCCUGCAAGGUGAUACGAAGGGUAGAAAGGGUUUGCUUCUUUUAGUUGGCAGUGAUGAUACCAUUAGCGAGAGCUUACUGAGACGGUUUCUUACUAUUGGGACUACGGUGCGACAAUUGGAGGCUUUUCUGGAUCGGAGAAUGACUGCCGGCUCAAUCUUCCAUGCGUUUACUUCUUCGGCGUCUUCUGUCCUUCAAUACGCCAUGGAGUUCAUACGAGAUCUCUCUCCACUCACCAAAAUAAAUAGUCCCACCGAUGUGCAUCAGUCCUUGACUGCUUGGUGGGCAUGCUUCGCCGAUUUGGAAUCAUUUUUGCUGGAGUUAUUCGGACUUUGCAAUUAUUGUCAUAAGCUUUCCUUAAACUCGCAGUCCCGCGCCGAGACAGAUCUCCUGUCUCAUAUAUAUGACAAGCUCGACUCGCAUAUCGGACACAGCUCCUCAACAACAAUCAGGGCACUCUUCGCGUUCAUACUCACAACAGUCUCUCGCGUCUACUUCAAGCAACUCAGUGCUUCAGUAGGAUUUACGUUGCCAUCUCAAGAAAUGGCGUUAGUUAUGGUGUCGAACAUGAGGGAUCAAGAUGACCAAGAUAACGAUUCUAAUGACAGAAGUCGGCCUACUGUUACUGCUCCCAGUUUUUUCUCGGAGUCAAUGCGUCGCUCGAUUGGUGUUGCCCAGCGAUCGCUAGAUCUUCUCAUGGUAGCGAAUCCUGCCCAUCCACUUCUGGCAAUAGACAAAUUGACAUCAGCGAUUGACUGGGUAUGGACAGAUGAAACAGUCUAUUCCAUGCUUGACAAUCAAUCCUUCGACUGCCCUUCUCUUUCCCUCCCACCACUUCUUAAUGCCGACACAUAUGACCAACGCUCAUAUCCAGACGCCCUCCACGGAUUCCACGAUUUUGAUCUCGAGCCGAACAAUCCUGGCACACAUUCAUUGGGAGCUAUCCGAUCAUCUGCUCUGCAGUUCAAGACAUUCCUUGGAGCAUUUCCCACUGUACUGCCCUCUAUCACACCAACUCUGCAUCUCUUGUCAAAGGCCGUGACUGGUCCCCUCUUCACUCACAUCGAUUCUGUUUCAAAAGCGUUAAUCGAUGUCUUCCUAUCUCCCUGCACCCAAUACCAUCUUCCGACACAUCUACAGCUUUUGAAGUCUUAUCUUUUACUCACGUCUUCUGCUUUCAAGAUGCACCUGGAACAAGCACUCUUUUCAUCCGAGCAACGGCUUAGAGGCGGUCAUACUAUGUCCGAAUCUCAUAGGGUGAUAGGGCUGUCGCCCAAACUCACCGUAGAUGGGACAUGGCCUCCAGCCGGCUCCAGUCUAAGUUUGUCUUUGCGCACUGUUAUCUUGGAUGCUCUGGCGCAGGACUUUGCCAAGAUUUAUUCAGCGGCAGAGGAAUCUAUUCAAGGGAUUCACAGAGAUGCCGAAUGGAGAAUCGGAUUUGCAAUUCAAGACCUCCCUACCAAUGCAGGCAAUGCAUUAUGGUUGAAUCCUAGAGCCAUCCAAGCCUUUGACUUUCUAUACCUUGACUAUCAACCUCCAAAGCCUCUGGAUUCAGUGAUCACUCCUCUUAUUCUCUCCAAGUAUCAUCGAAUCUUUCUGUUCUGUCUCAGAUUGAUGCGAGUGGAUAAUGUGAUAUAUACAUUGUCAUAUCAUGCAAAGGCAUUGCAAGUGCUUCUUUCAGAUUCAAGGGCAACAUUACAGCUUUUCCUCCAUUUCAAGUUUUUGGCAAAAUUAUUCAUUACAGGGCUAUCAAAUUACAUAUACACUCAUGCAAUAGGUGCCAUCUAUGAUAGGUUUCUUGCUGACCUUGCCAAGGAAUACACUUUUGCAGAAGAUAUCAAAACAUUUACAGAUGUAGAUGCUCUGAUGCAACAUCACUCUGCAAUUCUGGAUAAUAUAUUGGUGGCCUGUUUACUUCGCUCAGGCCAGAAAAGCAUUGCAAAAUAUUUGCACAAUGUGAUGGAGAUUAUUUUGGAGUUUGGGCUUUUAAUAGAUGAAUAUCAGAUGCAGAAGAUUUCAAAGCCAGAUAUGACUGUUAAGCUGGAGGAGUUGUUUAACUUAUUUCAUAUAAAGAUGAAUACAUUGACAAAGAUUUUGAAGCAGAUUACUAUGAAGUUGGAGUUCAGUAGAUCAGAGGAAAAAACAAGUAUGAUCACAUUGUUGCUUUGUUUAGAUCCAACAGGAUGGUGGUGUGAGAGAUAGAUCAGAGUGUUGCAUAUAUAGAUUAUAUUUUAUCUUCUAAUUUAGAUAAAGUAUAUAUCACAAUACUAUUGUAAUUUAAAGAGUGUAUUUAGAUCUAUCAAAGGUUUUGCUAUG